CACCCUCUGGCCGUUUCCCGGCUGAAGUGAGUCGGUAGUAGCGAUGGCGGGUCUGACUGACGUGCAGCGGCUGCAGGCCCGAGUGGAAGAGCUGGAGCGCUGGGUGUACGGGCCGGGCGGGGCGCGCGGCUCGCGGAAGGUGGCUGACGGCCUGGUCAAGGUACAGGUGGCUGACGGCCUGGUCAAGGUACAGGUGGCUUUGGGGAACAUUGCCAGCAAGAGGGAGAGGGUGAAGAUUCUCUACAAAAAGAUUGAAGAUCUGAUCAAGUACCUGGAUCCUGAGUACAUUGACCGCAUUGCCAUACCUGAUGCUUCUAAGCUGCAGUUCAUCUUAGCAGAGGAGCAGUUUAUCCUCUCCCAGGUUGCACUCCUGGAGCAGGUGAAUGCCUUGGUGCCCAUGCUGGACAGUGCUCACAUCAAAGCCGUUCCUGAGCAUGCCGCCCGCCUGCAGCACUUGGCCCAGAUCCACAUUCAGCAGCAGGACCAGUGUAUGGAGAUUACUGAGGAGUCCAAGGCUCUCCUGGAGGAAUACAACAAGACUACAAUGCUUCUAUCCAAGCAAUUUGUGCAGUGGGAUGAGCUACUUUGCCAGCUAGAGGCCGCCAAGCAAGUGAAGCCAGCAGAGGAAUGACAGCUGCACCCCAUCCCAAGGUGGGCCUGGGCAGUCAGGCUCCAGGGCCCUAUGCCAACCUGUCUUUGUUACAAGGCAGAGGAAGCUUUGUAUUUAUUGGAUUCAAGGCCCACCUCUCUACUCAGGUGGAGCUCUAAAGUUGGAGGUCAGGUUACCUGAGGUUUGCAAUUUGCAACACCCCCCCCCCCCCCCCCAUCAGUGUUCUUAUUCCAGUGACAAUAAACCAUAGAGAUGACUGGA